AUGGCACUGAAACUUAGCUUCACGCCUCACAAGAUGCCUUCCUUUCCUGAUGCUCGUAUCAGAUCUCACAGGGUUCUCAUGGCUUCAACUAUUCAUUCUCCUUCUAUGGAGGCCGGAAAAGUGAAAAAGCCUUUCACACCCCCAAGAGAGGUACAUGUUCAAGUGACCCAUUCCUUAGAGCCAGAGAAGCGCGAGAUCUUUAAUUCUCUGAACAAUUGGGCAGAAGAGAAUAUCUUGGUGCUCCUAAAGGAUGUUGAGAAAAGCUGGCAACCCAGUGACUUUCUACCCGAACCCGCUUCGGAAGGCUUUUACGAGCAGGUCACGGAACUACGGAAAAGAUGCAAGGAAAUUCCUGAUGAUUAUUUUGUUGUGUUGGUUGGAGAUAUGAUUACGGAGGAAGCACUUCCGACUUACCAGACGAUGCUUAACACCCUGGACGGAGUCCGAGACGAGACGGGUGCUAGCCUUACUCCAUGGGCUAUUUGGACUCGAGCAUGGACAGCUGAAGAGAAUAGGCAUGGUGACCUUCUCAACAAAUAUCUUUAUCUUUCUGGACGGGUUGACUUGAAGCAAAUUGAAAAGACAAUUCAAUACCUGAUCGGUUCGGGGAUGGAUCCUCGUACGGAGAACAAUCCCUACCUGGGAUUUAUCUACACUUCUUUCCAGGAGAGGGCUACCUUCAUUUCUCAUGGAAACACAGCUAGGCUUGCCAAGGAACAUGGGGACCUGAAAUUGGCUCAGAUAUGUGGUAUCAUUGCGGCAGACGAGAAGCGCCAUGAAACUGCUUAUACCAAAAUUGUCGAAAAGCUAUUUGAGAUUGACCCUGAUGGCACUGUGUUGGCACUUGCUGACAUGAUGAGGAAGAAAGUCUCUAUGCCAGCUCAUCUGAUGUAUGAUGGCCAGGACGAUAAUCUCUUUGAGAACUUCUCUUCUGUAGCACAGAGGCUAGGGGUGUAUACUGCCAAGGACUAUGCCGAUAUUUUGGAAUUUUUAGUCGGAAGGUGGGAUAUUGAGAAGUUGACAGGUCUUUCUGGAGAGGGGCGUAAAGCACAAGAUUACAUUUGCGGUUUGCCUCCUAGAAUUCGAAGGUUGGAGGAGCGGGCACAAUCAAAGGUCAAGCAGGCAUCUUCCGCCCCCUUCAGCUGGAUUUUUGGUCGAGAAAUCAAUCUUUGA